AUGAGCGGGAAGAAACGCGCGCGGGGCGGGCGGCGGGUGACGGUGGACGCGGAGGUGGAGACGUCGCAGCGGGAGCGGGUGACGUACGGGGCGCCGAGCGGGACGACGACGACGACGACGACGGCGACGGCGACGACGACGACGGAGGCGAAUGGGAGCGCGCGGCACGGUGAUAGCGCGGCGAUGGAACGAUUGUUCGCGUUAGGCGCGGGAACGGUCGCGGGGGGGGGCGAAAACGAUGCUGAUGAUGGAUUAGGGGUGUGGUUGAGCGAGAGCGAAUUCGGCGGCGGCGGCGGCGGCGCGAGGGGGAAGUCGAACGCGGUGGGCGCGAACGGCGAGCGUGGGAGGCUUUCCGUGCCCGUGGCGCCGGCGUGGGAAGAAUCAUCGGCGGAGAAGUCACCGGGGGGGCGGAGACGACGGGCGAGCCGCGAUGGCGAGGAGCGAAGACGAUCGGAGGAUUUGUUUGAGGAAUUGUUGACAAACGUCGAGCGCGGCGCGCCGGCGCGAGACUCCGCGCCGGCGACGAUGGAAGUCGCGACGACGACGACGGCGUCCGCGGUGAAUACACGCAAAGAAGGUGACCACACGCUUGCGCUGGCGUCGAUGGAUCCCGAUUGGAACGACGAGGAUGAGGAUAGUCAGGCGCUCAUCGACGCCGUGACGCUCGCGGAGAAGCGCGCCAAGAUGGCAAAGUCGGCUUCUGCGACGACGACGCAAGCGAGUAACGCCGUGCCUUCGCUGAGCGAUAUAACCCUAGACGAUGGCGAUGACGACGACGACUUAUUCGCCGCCGCGGUGGAUAUGGCUGAAAAAGCGCGCGACAGUCGCGUUGAGUCCGGAACGCCGUCCACGGCGACUUCCCCUAGGAAAUCGCCUAGGAAAUCCGCCGCGGUCGCGGCUUGCGCGCGCACGCAAUCGGCGACUGCGCGAGUUAAAAUUGAAGAUGGCUUUAUGGAAGAUUGCAAGGCGGAGUUGCAGAAAGCGUUGGAAUUCGCGAGAGAAGAAGCGGAGGCAGAGACUGAAAUUCUAGGCACCUGGUUCGUCGAAAGCGUCGCGUCGCCGCGGAUUGGCUGCGUCGAAUCCCUCGUCCUGACGAAGGCUAGCGGUGCAAAGAAGACUGUCGUGCUGAAGGGUUAUUGGCGAGAAACCCUGGUUUCAGUGGGAGAUUCUCUGAUCUUGUACUGUUUGCCCGGCGUGGCGCGCAAAGAAGACGUCGCGAAGGAUAUUGUCGAAGUCACUGACGAUGGAGGGGUGAUGAUUAUUCUUUUCCCGGCGUACUUGAUAAGUGCGACGACGAUAGGGAAUGGUAUGGACUGCCCUCGACAAUCAGUGUUGCAGCAACAACUGCAGACGACGUGGGGUGACGCGAACGAGGCGGCGACGAUCGGUACUAUUAUGCACGAUCUCGUUGAGCACGCGCUCCUCGUCGGAUCGAGCCGAGCACUCGUGCCGAUGGCUUCCAAGGUGAAGAGCGUGAUCGAAAGCAACGUGGACAAUAUAUUCGCCAUCGAUUCAACCGAAAAGAAGCUGCAGCAAAGAAUAGAUGCGACCAUUCCAGGUGUGGAAUCAUGGGCUAACAAGCUCACGGCGGCGUCUCGUGUGCCAAAGCUUGGUCGCGCGAAGCCCGGCGGCAACGCCCAGGUGCGAAUGAACAGAAAAGCUGCGCACGAUAAGCUUCGAAGAAAGUGCACUGUGGGCGUCGAGGCAAGCUUGGAUUACAAUACGUCUGCAACGUUGCAAGUUGACGACAUGAUUGACAUAGAAGAACUCAUUUGGGCUCCAAAACUUGGAUUAAAAGGCAUCUUGGACGGCGUCGCAAACGCCGUCAUACGUCAAUCGAAGGAAGAUUUACCAUUGCCGAGCGUCGUUCCGAUCGAGUUGAAGACGGGUAAGUGGAAGUCUGUCGGUCACGACGCACAAGUCUUGUUUUAUAAUCUUAUGAUCGGCGAACGCUACGGCAAAGUGUCUCCUUUCGGCGUAUUGCACUACACCACGGACGAUAAUGACGACGAAGGCACGAGUAAAAUUUUCACGAAUAAGCCGGCUAACAUCAGCGCUCUGAUGCAGCGUCGGAAUCACCUUGCGGCAAUGUUAAGACCGACGCCCGAAGAAGCGAUGCAACACAACGCUCCAGUCCCGCACGGCAAGGCCCGUCUCGGGAACGGUAAGCUGCCGAAGAUGCAGCCACAAAGCUGGUGUGAGCGUUGCUUCUCACAGCACGAGUGUUUCAGCUUGCAUCGCGCGCUCGAGGGAGGAGACGGCGAAACAAGCGAGCUCGGCAAUUUGUUCAUCGGCGCCACCUCGCAUCUGAACCAGACUCACGAAACAGCAAUCCGUCACUGGAUUCAUCUGAUUGAUUUGGAAUCUUCCGAGUCUUUGCGCAAGCGUGCAACUCCGUGGCUUCCGGUUGAACUCGUCAAUCGUCGCGCGAGCGACACGUACGCGAUCGACGACCUCGCUUUUGUUCGUGAAAGCACGCAAGAGAAGUCUGCAUUCGUCGGUGAUAAUCACUAUUACAUAUUCAAACCCUCAAGUUCUGUCGCAGAAAGCGUUCUGAAGAGAGUUGGGAUCGCCGAUCGCGUCGUCUUGAGUCGCGACAAAGGCUUGACG